AACAAGGAGCGGCCCGGAUAGCCGACCAACAAGAAUUUUCACGUCGUGGGCAUUCCAUCUCAAUCCACAGCGCCACCGGGGAUGAUUUGGUGGCGGAGGAGAUCGAACUGCGAGAGGCCCUUGACCGGAUGGCUAAAACUGCCGAAAUAAACAAGAAGAUGGCCGAAGAAGGGGUUAGCUGGACAUUUUCACCACCGCUGGCACCACAUUUUGGAGGGGUGUGGGAGCGUCUUGUUCGAUCCGCAAAAACAGCCCUACGUGUCGUAUUGCGUUCUCAAACCGUUUCCGAAGAGGUUUUAAUCACGUUACUGGUCGAAGUGGAGGCCAUGAUGAACGCCCGUCCCCUCACUCAUCUGAGUGUCGACCCUCGAGACAACAGCCCGAUAACGCCCAAUCAUUUUUUGCUUCUUAGGGCGCACCCUCACGUACCACCUGACGUUUUUGAAUAUUCCGGGAGUUUGUCGCGACGAAGGUAUCUAGCUGCACAAGAGUUAGCUGAGUCCUUCUGGCGGCGAUGGCUGCUGGAAUAUGUUCCAGCUUUAACGGAGAGGAAGAAAGGAUGGACCGAAAAGCGCAGAAACGUACAAGUUGGCGACGUGGUACUUCUGAUAGAAAAAGACACCCCUCGAGGAGAGUGGCCCAUCGGCGAGGUGACGGAAGUUAUUCCAUCUGGAACCGAGGGAGAUGACACUGUACGGGCCGUACGAGUUCGCACGAAGAAAGGGGAAUACCGAAGACCGGUUGUGAAGUUGUGUUUACUAAAAAACGGUAGAAGAGAAAGGCCUCGAACAAGCGGUGGACGGUGUUACGAAUCAAAAAGAUCCGUAAGAACGAGGGGGCAACGCCGGUUGCCAAGGGAACGCGAGCAGACGUUUUUUUGGGGCUUUUUUUUUGGCUCUCGUGGCUGAGUUGGUGGCCCUCGUGGGUGUGGCAGGUAGAAAGGCUCCCCUUUACCGACUUUCAAAGAGGCUAGAAAUAAAACGGCUCGAUCAACUAA